AUGUCCCGUCGCGUGAGCGCCCCCCGCGACCGGUGCUUGGAGCUGGAGCGCGUCAUCGCAGACCGAGCAAGGUCGGGGAGCCUUGGCGUCGACGACGCGCUCAAGCUGUUCGAUGAAUUGCUGCCCCACGCCAGGCCUGCCUCGGUUCGUGCUUUCAACCACCUGCUUACCGUUGUCGCUCGCGCCCGAUGCUCUUCAACCUCCGAGCUUGCCGUCUCUCUCUUCAAGCGGAUGGCCCGUGCCAGCUCCAACAAGGUGGCUCCUGACCUGUGCACAUACAGCAUCCUCAUUGGAUGCUUCGGUUGCAUGGGACACCUGGAGUAUUGUUUCGCCGCCUUUGGCCUCAUCCUUAAGACGGGCUGGAGGGUCAGUAACAUAGUCAUCAAUCAACUGCUCAACGGCCUCUGUGACAUGAAGAGGGUGGACGAGGCCAUGGACAUAUUGCUCCGACGAAUGCCUGAGUUUGGCUGCAUGGCGAAUGUAGUUUCCUACAGCACGGUUCUCAAGGGUUUAUGCAAUGAAAAGAGAGCUGAGGAGGCACUUGAGCUGCUGCACAUGAUGGCUGAUGAUGGACAUGGAAGCUGCACACCAAAUGUUGUGACAUACACCACGAUCAUCGAUGGCCUGUGCAAAGCUCAAGCUGUUGACAAGGCCGAGGGUGUCCUUCAGCAGAUGAUUGAUAAAGGUGUCAAGCCAAACGUCCAGACAUAUAACUGUCUGAUCCUUGGGUACCUCUCUACAGGACAAUGGAAAGAGGUGGUCCGAAUGCUCGAAGAAAUGUCCGCACGUGGUCUUCAGCCAGAUGUUACUUAUGGAGCCCUUGCUGAUUUGCCUGAUCUCCUAGAUCUGAUGGUAGCAAAUGGUAUUUCACCUAAUCAUUACAUCUUCAACAUUGUGUUCUGUGCAUAUGCUAAAAAGGCAAUGAUAGAUGAGGCAAUGCAUAUACUUAGCAAAAUGAGGCAGCAUGGGUUGAGUCCUGAUGUAGUCACUUAUGGAACAUUAAUAGAUUCACUUUGCAAGUUGGGAAGAGUUGAUGAUGCUGUGCUUAAAUUCAAUGAGAUGAUCAACGAAGGGGUGACUCCAAACAUUGUUGUUUUUAGCUCCUUGGUUUAUGGACUCUGCACCGUUGACAGAUGGGAGAAGGCCGAGGAAUUAUUUUUUCAAAUGUUGGAUCAAGGAAUCCGUCCCGACGUUGUGUUCUUCAACACAAUAAUGUCUAAUUUAUGCAAAGAAGGACGGGUCAUGGAAGCCCAGAGUGUCAUUGACUGGAUGGAACGUGUGGGCGUGAGGCCUGAUGUUGUCUCAUAUAAUGCAUUAAUAGAUGGCCACCGCUAG